GUUCCUUUUCUGUUGAAGUAAUUCAUUAAAAUUUCCAUUUCAUUUCUUUUCCUUCUUCCUUCUGAAACUGUGUGGAUUUUCAUGUGAGGUGAAUUAAUAAUGUCUCUUUUACUUGUGUAGUAAGCACAGUUUUCUUUGCAAUAACUGUCUUCCUCUGUAGAAAGAGGAAUGGUCAAUUUAACAAUGAGCCAAGUUUAUAAUUGGGGAACACCCAGUUACUACUUCAUUGAUGUAUUCUCUAACUAGAGUUUAAAAUGUUUGCAAUUCUUUUAGAGAUUUUUACUUAAAGACUGAAAGCACUGUACGUAUCUGGAUGGGGAAUAGGAAUAUAGUGAUAUUUAGAGAAGUCUUUUUUAAGACCAGCAUAAUUCUUUAAAUAAGCUCGAGCUCCUCUUGGUACCAACUCUAUUGCGCAGCUCGCUGCCCUGUGAUUAACCUAGGCGAGGAGGAGAAAAUAUCCCCAGAUCCGGGCAGGCCCGACCCCACAUCCAGUCCUGUGUUGUGAGAGGAGGGAAGAGAAAUAAACGUGGCAGCGCACAGGCCAGCGGGGAGACUGCUUUCCAGACACCUCCGGCCCACACAGCUGUUCACCCCCGUCUUUUCAAUCCUGGAAAAGGAAUUCGGGCUUUCACUGUCUAAAAUCGGCAGUCUGCAUUUCUGCUCUUCAGUCAGUCCUUAGGAUGAAGCUCUAACUGAACUGAAGUAAGGAGAAACAGCCUUGAAUCCUUGGAGGUCUGUCUUCCUUUUGGCCUCUGUGAAACUACCGCUACAGUGGGAAAAAGCAAACUGAUCUUGAUCCCAGGAGGCCCUGCUUAAGCCUCAGCAGAACUUGUAAACCUAAACUGAAGAGCCUCACCUGGAGGAGCAGGCAUCCCGUAACCUUAACCAAGCCAGUUCCACUCUCUGGAUCAGUGAAUAACCCCACUGCACCAUGAGCCGCGUUCGGGAUGCUGGCUGUGUAGAGGCAGGGAUAGUGAUUGGAGCUGGUGCCUGGUACUGUGUCUACAAAUACACCAGGGGAAGAGACCAGACCAAGAAGAGAAUGGCUAAGCCCAAAAACCGGGCUAUGGCUGGGACUGGAGCCAGGGCUAGAGCCGGCCUAAGAGCCGGAUUCACAAUCGACCUUGGGCCAGAAUUCAGUCCCCCAACACCAGUCCAAGCUGAAGCAGAGGACAGGACCCAGGAUGAAGCCUCUGCUCUGGACACAGCUGGAGCUGAGGCAGUGGCCCCAGCUGCAUCCAGUGCUGAGGCUCAGAGUGGGGCAGGGAGUCAAGCCCAAGAGGCAGAUGGAGCCGGGGGAGCAAAGGCCAAAUCAGUAGUUCGGGCUACAGUGGCUUCUACAGUAGCACCACCUCCCAUGGUGACAGAGGCCCUUGCAGCUGCAGAAGCCCCUGCACUGGCAGGGCCUCCCAAAGUGGCAGAAGCCCCCAUAGAAGUGGAGACUCCCAGGGCAGCAGUGCCUCCUGGGACAGUGGUACCUACCAAGGCAGCAGCACCCACUGAGGUGACUGAGGGUCCUGGGGUAGCAGCACCUACCAAAGUAGCUGAAGCUCCCAGGGUGGCAUCGCCUACUAAGGCAGCUGGGGCUCCUGUGCCCCCAGCGCCUUCUGGGGCUGCAGAGGCUCCUGGAACUUCUGGUUCUCCUAGAGCAGCCGCAGUUCCUGGAACAACUGCUGCCAAGAAAGCAACCCCUGGGGCUCACACGGGGUCUAUACCUAAAGCCACAUCAGCGACUGGAGCUGUACCCAAAGGUGGAGCCGAGGCCAGGUCCCAGAAUGGGGGCAAGGGCAAGGGCAAGAAAAGCAAGGUUGAAGUAGACGAAUUGGGGAUGGGCUUCCGUCCUGGAGAUGGGGCUACAGCAACUGCUGCAGCCUCUGCUAAUGGUGGAAAGGCUUUCCUGGCAGAGGUCCGUGAUUCUGAGGAAGGGGAGUCUGGGUGGACUGACACAGAGUCAGAUUCAGACUCUGAGCCUGAGAUUCAGCACAGAGGAAGGGGAAAAAGACCCGUUACCGUGCAGAAGCGCCCCUUUCUUUAUGAAAUUGAUGAGAUUCUGGGUGUCCACGAUCUCAGGAAGGUCCUUGCCUUGCUUCAGAAAUCUGAUGAUCCUUUCAUCCAGCAGGUCGCUUUGCUCACUCUGAGCAACAAUGCCAAUUAUUCUUGCAAUCAAGAGACAAUCCGCAAACUGGGAGGCCUCCCAAUUAUUGCAAACAUGAUUAACAAAACUGAUCCCCACAUUAAGGAAAAAGCCUUAAUGGCCAUGAAUAACCUGAGUGAGAAUUAUGAAAAUCAGGGCCGGCUUCAGGUGUACAUGAAUAAAGUGAUGGAUGAUAUCAUGGCCUCUAACCUGAACUCAGCAGUUCAAGUAGUUGGACUAAAAUUUCUAACAAACAUGACUAUUACUAAUGACUACCAGCACCUGCUUGUCAAUUCCAUUGCAAACUUUUUCCGUUUGUUAUCUCAGGGAGGUGGAAAAAUCAAGGUUGAGAUUUUGGAAAUACUCUCAAAUUUUGCUGAAAAUCCAGAUAGGUUGAAAAAACUGCUCAGUACCCAAGUGCCAGCCUCAUUUAGUUCCCUCUAUAAUUCUUAUGUAAAAUCAGAAAUCCUUAUUAAUGCCCUUACUCUAUUUGAGAUCAUUUAUGACAAUCUCAGAGCAGAAGUGUUUAACUGUAGAGAAUUCAAUAAAGGUUCCCUAUUUUACUUAUGCACUGCAUCUGGAGUGUGUGUUAAGAAAAUUAGAGCCUUAGCAAAUCACCAUGACCGCUUAGUGAAAGUGAAAGUUAUAAAGCUAGUGAACAAAUUCUGAUUGGUUAUGUACUGUCAAAAGACUUCAAGAAAUUUCUUGGUUUUGCAGUCUGGAAGCAUUGAAAAUUGAAAGUUACUGCUUUUCCACUUGCUUGUAUACUAAAGGAAUCCUUUCAGCUGCCAGUUUUAAAUAAUGUUGUCUGUGACAGUCACCAGCUUUAACCUGAACCAUUUUAUAAAUACCAAAAAAAUAGACCUCUUGUACUGAAAA